AUGGCAAAGACAAAAGGAAAUGAGAGUAUGAAGAAGAAGAAGAACCCAUUCAUGGAACCACCAAAGAAACAAAUCAAGCUAGGGAGUAGUAGCUCCAAUGCAAGAGCAGCAAUACCAACUUCACCACAUUCCAUUGAUGCAAUCAAGAACAUGUGGAGAGUCCAAGAAGAGAAGAAGAUUGGGCACUUUGAGUACUCACAACUCACCAAGGAGUUCCUCUCCACAGUAGCUCUUGCCUUUCCCAACCACAAUGGAGACCAACCAGCUGGUGAUGGACUCCUACUCUUCAAGAUAGGCGAUGCCAAUGGGCGCAUCUCCAUCUCAGCUCUAUGCCAACUCUUUGGACUUCCCAAUGAGACAGCACAUGACUUCAAGGAGAACUCAAAGAGGAAACAAGCUGCCUUUGCUGAUUGGACACACUUUGCCAAUGAACCAUUCUUGCCUUCAAGGUCAAAGGUGUCUAGAAUCACUCAUCCAGCCAUUCGCUAUGUGCACCGCCUCAUCUCCACCACUUUCCAAUGCAAACAAGAAGCCAACAAGGUCACAACUGAUGAGUUCUACAUCCUCACCACACCAUUCAUCAAGCAUGAGUACAAGGCCAACCUUGGACUUUUACUUGCCAAGACAUUCAUCAAUGUGAGGAAGCUAGCUCAAGACUUGGAAGGCAACAAGAAGCUUUGUGUUCGUUUUGGGAGGCUUAUCACGGCCAUAGUACAACAUGUGGGGAUUGACAUUCCCAACUAUGAGCCACUACCCAAGCCAACCCCUUUGGAUCUCCAUGCUCUUCAGCACAUCCACUUCCUAAACCGUUGGACUAAAGACCCAACUAUCCCCAAGUCCUGCCACAUGCAUCCCAAGCCUACGCUGUUGUCACUUUCCAGCCCAAUGAGGAAGACUUCUAUGUUCCAUCAAGUGAGAAACCAUCAUUCCCCAUGCUCACCUAUCGCACACUUCAGCAUGCAGUCAAGACUCAACGCCGCCACCAAGAACGCCAUGUUCUCACUACUGGCAUGGCCGCGCACCAAGCUCUAG